GCCACAGCGGCCAGGCAGGGAGGAGGGAGGACGGAGUAGAUCGAGGAGGACAGGCGCGUUGUUCCCUGUGUGCUGCUGCUGAUUUCAUGUGGAGGAAGAAGAAAGCGACUGAGCAAACAGCCAGCUCGUCUCUCUCCUGAUCGGAUUUUAUUUAUUGUCUCCCUUCAAAAUGUGCACCCCGUGUUGUAUCUCGCAGCUGGCCUGCUGCUGCGGCUCAGCGGCCUGCUCGUGCUGCUGUAACUGCUGCCCCAAGAUCAAACAGUCCACAGGGACACGUGUCAUGUACGCCCUCUACUUCCUGCUGGUCACCAUCAUCUGUGUCAUCAUGAUGUCCCCCACUGUGGAGCAGGAGAUUAGAGACCAUAUCCCCUUCUACAGUGCGUUGUGUGAGCAGAUGAAUGCAGGGGAGAACUGCAAAUCUCUGGUUGGCUACUCUGCAGUAUACAAGGUGUGCUUCGGCAUGGCCUGCUUCUUCUUCUUCUUCGCUGUCUUCACCAUACGAGUCAACAGCAGCACAGGCUGCAGGGCGGCCGUGCACAACGGGUUCUGGUUGCUGAAGUUUGUUGUUCUGGUGGCGUGCUGCGCUGGAGGCUUCUUCAUCCCAAAAGAGGAAACCUUUCUGGAAGUGUGGCGCUACGUAGGAGCAGCCGGCGGGUUCAUUUUCCUGCUCAUCCAGCUCAUGCUGUUGGUGGAGUUUGCACACAGAUGGAACACAAACUGGAGUUCAGGUGUCACGUAUAAUCGUCUCUGGUACGCAGCUUUGGCCUUUGUGACUCUGAUGCUGUUCAGUAUUGCAGUAGGAGCCCUAGUCUUCAUGGGCGUGUUCUACACCGACCCCGAGGCCUGUUUAUAUAACAAGAUCUUCCUGGGCAUCAAUGGCAGCCUGUGUCUCAUUGUCUCUCUGUUGGCCAUCUCCCCCUGCAUUCAGAAAUUGCAGCCCACAUCAGGCCUGCUGCAGCCGGGAGUCAUCAGUGUGUACGUCAUGUACCUCACCUUCUCAGCCUUCUCCAGCAAACCUAAAGAAAUUGUGGAAAGAAAUGGUGUGAACACAACCGUGUGUGUGUUUCCCUUCAACUCUGGGACGGAGAGCGACAAGAAGAUUGUCACCGCUUUUGGGACUGUCAUCCUGUUUGGCUGUGUCCUUUACUCUUGCUUGACGUCCACCACCAGGCGAAGCUCUGCAGCGCUCCGAGUUUGUAGGAACAGUGAGCCAGAGACUGAGAGAGCUCGCUGCUGUUUCUGUUUUGGAGAUGACACAGAUGGCUAUGAUGAGGAGAAGACUGGAGGAGGCCAGAACGUGGUGUAUGAUGAAAGAGAGGGAACCGUCUACAGCUACGCCUACUUCCAUUUUGUGUUCUUCCUGGGAUCCCUCUAUGUCAUGAUGACCGUCACCAACUGGUUCCAUUUUGAUAACCACAGGAUCGAGGCGCUGUUAGACGGGAGCUGGUCGGUGUUCUGGAUCAAGAUGGCCUCCUGCUGGGUCUGUCUCAUCCUCUACAUGUGGACCCUUGUCGCCCCCAUGGUCUGCCCCAAGCGCUUUGAGGCCUAGGACUCCCACCACUACACUAGAGUCGGGCUACUCUGAUUCUUUGGAUGUGGCCAGGCAGAAGCUCUCACGCUGAGCCAAGGGACCACCCUCCCUCCCCCCUGUCCCCACCUUUACCUGGAAACACAACCCUACACUACCCUCAACGUUCGAAAAUGGAGGAUUAUCUGUUGCCUUUUGUUUUAUAUGCUAGUGUUUAUUUUACGUUGUUUUACAAUGUUAAGCUGUUAAUACCUUGAUGGUAAUUUGUUAUCUUUUACUACCACUUACUCAUGGAGUUUUGUAUUGCUUACAGAUUUGAAAUUACAGAAAGGGAUCAUGGGGAGUUACAUUGUGAAACAUUAGACGCAUCCGACCUCUGUAGGUUCCUUCAUAAUUUCAGAUUUAUAAGUACAUUUUUGUAAGUAUUUCCUGUGUGUGUCCGUUUUAUCUUGGAUUCCCGCUUUUACUCAGCCAGGCAUUUCAGUCGUGUACAGUUGGACCAUAAAGUUGUAGCAAAGUUUCGGGACAAAUUUAUUUCAGCUUAGAGAUGUUACAAGAGAUAUUGUAUUUAUUAAAGUGUGUCUUAAGUAAUCAGAAAUCAUUCUGUGAAGGAAUGUCGUGUAAAUUGAAUUAGAUUUGUCCCCGACUCUGUUUGGAAACUCAUCUCUCAGGCUCACAUGUAAGCUGUAUAUGUUUGUGCUUUGUUAUAUUGCUCCUUUUUGUAGAAGUUUUCUAUGCAACGGAACAAGCUCUUUUUCGAUAUUACGCCCAGUGUUGUGACGUUUUCACUUAGAUUACGAGGAUAAUGUUUCAGAUUUUAUUAAUGUCAGCGCUCCCUUUGAGCCAAAUCUUUUCUUAGGAAAAUCCAUGUCAUCUGUGCAACAUUUCCAGCCAUUGGUUUGUGUUGUACAGGGCAGUGCUCUUCAAAUCAAACUGCCUUACGUAAAAGUGACGCUAGUAGAGUGCCGCCUCUCUGGAAGAGCUGCAGUGACACAGAUGAGGAAUGUUUGCCAAAGGUAGAUGUCAGAAAACAAACUAUCAGAACUGUUUAGUCAGUUACAGAAAAAAAAAUCUAACUGAGAGCAUUAUGUAUUUGCAUGCACACACAGUCACUUAAAUCAGCUGUUUUCUGUACAGUUAAAAAGGCUUUUUGCCUCAUCUCUGUUCCAUGUGUCAGCUCAUAACGGUGGUCAGAACAAGGUAGCAUGAGUGCUUUUAUUAGUGAGUUAUUCAACACUGGAUGUUGAGUUUACUGCCGAAUUACAAUUCAUACAGAGACCUUUGUUACCUGUGUGACAUUUUGGUUGUAUUGUUUGAAAAUACAUUUUCCUGCACAUCAGCUGCAAGUUGAUUCUCAUUCAUCAAUAAAUCAGUAUGUUCUGUUGUCUGACUGUUUCUAACAUGUUUUGUAAUAACUUAAAUGCACAUUUGGGCUUAGGUUCUGUGAUCUGUGGAAGGUUUCAUUCAUACGCUUUAUAUACCUGCAAAAUCUGUCGUGUUUUUUGGAAAUAUUUCUGCAUUUUAAUUGUUGAUAUGAAUGUAGAAAUGAAAUGGUGCUCUGCAGAUUUGAUAUCAAUCUAAAGGAAAAGCCGAAAUCAGAUAGUAGGACCCACUGUGAAGGUUGUGUACUACAAAAAAAUUAUAAUAAUAAUAUACAGGAGCAGAUUUGGACCAAGUAGUAUGUUGGAGAUACAGAGGCGUGGGUGCCAUGCAGUUCAUUGUUCAUAGUGUUUCAAUAAAACAUCCAUUGAAUGCCA